GAGGGGAGGGGCGACAGGUGAGUUUACCUGUCGCCCCUCCUCCUCUGAAGAUCGUCAGCUGCUCAGUUGGAGCUCAGAGUUGAGUUUGUGUGUGAAGACGCUGUGAAGGUGACAUCAUGGUUUUCCACCCAGAGUUUGAGCGUGCUCGUCAGAGGGCGGGGCUUCUGGUAUGGAGGGUAGAAAACAUGGAGCUGGUUCCUGUUCCUGAGAGUAUGAAUGGAAAGUUCUACAGCGGAGACGCCUACCUGGUCCUGAACAGCAUUCAGAACCGGAGAGGAGGGAUGCAGUACGACCUGCACUACUGGAGAGGUGUCCACUGCUCCCAGGAUGAGGCCGGAGCUGCCGCCAUCCUCACAGUUCAGAUGGACGAUUUCCUGAAGGGGGUUCCAGUCCAGUACAGAGAAAUCCAAGGCCACGAGUCCAGUACCUUCACCGGGUACUUCAAGACGGGUCUGACAUACAUGGAAGGGGGUGUGGCUUCUGGUUUCAACCAUGUGGAGACCAAUGAGGUGGAGGUUGAGAGGCUGCUGCAGGUCAAAGGUCGACGUGUCGUCAGGGCAACGGAGGUCCCCGUCUCCUGGGACAGUUUUAACCAGGGAGACAGUUUCAUCCUGGACUUGGGAGAGGAAAUCAUCCAGUGGUCCGGUUCCCAUAGCAACGGCUUUGAAAAGCUGAAGGCGACCUUGGUGUCUAAAGGUAUCCGUGACAACAGGAGUGGGCGGGCCAAGCUCUUGAUCUGUGAUGAAGGCAAUGAGCCAGAGAGGAUGCUACAGGUCCUCGGGGAGAAGAGGGACAUACCUGAAUCUGGUGGUGAUGACACCAAGAUGGAUGCCUCCAACAGGAAGUUGGCUCAGCUCUACAAGGUGUCCAACGCAGGUGGGGAUAUGGAGGUAACUAUGGUAGCAGAGGAGAGUCCAUUCUCCCAGGAUGCUUUGCAGUCCAGUGACUGUUUCCUUCUGGACAACGGAACCAACGGACACAUCUUUAUCUGGAAAGGUAAGGACGCUAACCGGGAGGAACGCCAGGCGGUUCUGAACAACUCAGAGAAGUUCAUCGAGCUCAAAAACUACCCAGCACAUACACAGGUCCAAGUCCUCCCUGAACACGGGGAGACACCCCUCUUCAAACAGUUCUUCAAGGACUGGAGGGACCCGGAGGACACUGUCGGCAUGGGGACAGCCUAUGUGUCCAACAAAAUUGCAAAGAUAGAGAAGGUGCCAUUUGAUGUGUCAACACUCCACCAGUCUGAAUCCAUGGCGGCUCAGUACGGUAUGGUGGAUGCAGGGGACGGAGACAAACAGAUCUGGCGUAUUGAAGGGUCCGAUAAGGUUCCGGUGGACCCUGCAUCCUUUGGUCAGUUCUUUGGAGGAGACAGUUACAUUGUCCUUUAUCAGUACCAACACAGAGACAGACAAGGACACAUCAUCUACAUAUGGCAGGGGGUGGAGUCUAGCAAGGACGAGGUUGGGGCGUCAGCCAUCUUGGCCAUCCAGCUUGAUGAAGAACUGGGAGGUAGCGCCGUUCAGGUCCGGGUGGUUCAGGGCAAAGAGCCGGCCCACCUCAUGAGCCUGUUUGGAGGUCAACCUCUGGUGCUGUACAAGGGCGGGACAUCCAGAGAGGGUGGACAGUCAGAGCCGGCGGACACUCGGCUGUUUCAGGUGCGUGCCAGUCCAUCAGGAGACACCAGAGCAGUGGAGGUCACCCCGUCCUCCUCCAGUCUGAACUCCAGUGACGUCUUCGUCCUGGUGUCCCCCUCGGGGUCCUGGAUGUGGACAGGGAGCAGCAGCAGUGCGGUUGAGCUAAAGGGAGCUGGACACCUGGCUAGCGUCCUGCAGGUGUCCCCUGUCUCGCUGAAGGAAGGCGAGGAGGACGAUGCAUUCUGGGAUGCACUGGGAGGAAAGGAAGACUACUGUCAAUCUCCACGGCUGGAAAACAAGAUGGAGGAUCAUCCUCCUCGUCUGUUCGCCUGCUCCAACAAGACCGGAAACUUCCUGAUGGACGAGGUUCCAGGUGAACUGACCCAGGACGACCUCGCAUCUGAUGAUGUCAUGAUCCUGGAUACCUGGCACCAGGUGUUUGUCUGGAUCGGUAAUGAGGCUCAUGAGGAGGAGAAGACAGAGGCCAUGCACUCAGCUAUGCGAUACAUCGAGAGCGACCCUGCUGACCGAGACCCUCGGACUCCGAUAGUGAAGGUGAAGCAGGGAUUUGAACCGCCAACCUUCACUGGCUGGUUCCUAGGGUGGAGCCAUGAUUUCUGGAGUGUCGAUCUGAUGACCCGCCUCUGUCAGAGCCUGUGACAUCAUCACUGACCUCAUAAACAAAUAAAAGCAGAUCACCAUGACAACA